UGGAUGUGCGUCGUGCGGUGCUGCGCCCGUCUGCGCGGCUCACUUAUCGUAUUCGCACACGCUCGCCGAUAAGGUCCGGUGUCGAUGAGUACACUACGCAAUUGACGACGGGGAAGUUUGCGUUACUCAUUAUCGACAUAAAGUACGAUAAUCCGCGUCUGCGCGUGCGCCGACCGCCGCGCCAGUGAGCUCGCCACCCGCGCGGCGAUAGCGCCAGCCCUGCACGAGGAGCGAUGGAGCGCCGGCCCGUGUGAUUGACCCGUUGUGGGAUCGCGUUUGUGUACGGCUGGUGACUCGCGAGUACCGCGACCUGGCCUAUCGGCCGAAAUGUCGCCGCCGCAGUACAACUUUCCGCCGACAAGUUAUUCCGCGGUGUAUGGCAGCGACGUGACGAGUGCGAACGUGAACUGUGCCGCUGUUGUGAGCGAUACCACUGACCUACGAAGCUACCUCGGCACACCCACAUCACAAGCAACGCCAUCACCCUCGCUGUUUAGUUGUUUCAAUUGUGCAUUUCGGAACGGCAUAAAUGCUCUCCGUAAAAAUAAACCAGCCGCUAAGGUUAAGGUUGCCUCUGGCAAGGACGAGGACCGCUGGCGCGGCAAAGACGAGGGUGCUCUCUUCAAGCGCUGGAGACGCACGCCCUCGUCGGAGCCGGCCACCGCUGUCCCAGCUCCUGCAACACCGCAGUCGCAACCCUCUGAAUUACUCAAGUUUUUAGCUAUUAAUGCAUUAGAAUUAUCUGCUCCGGCUUCGGAUGCAUUGUUGAAGUCGAGGUCGUCGGAAUGGUUCCAGUUGUCGGGACACCCCGGUUCCCUGGCGCCGGCUGGGCCCGGCACCGUAUGGAAACGGCGCGCGGCCGGCGACCACCCAACUCACAACCCCGAACGCGACGCUUAUGAGGCGCUCGCCGCCUGCCCCUACAUGCGCUCCGCUAUCCCGCGCUACUAUCGCGACCUCGAGUACGGCGGCGAGCACUUCAUUGAACUGCAGGACCUUUUGCAUGGAUUCCGUGACCCACACGUCAUGGACAUCAAGAUGGGCACGCGCACCUUUCUCGAGGAUGAGGUCCGCAACGCCCGCGCGCGGCCCGACCUCUACGAGAAAAUGGUGCGAUUGGAUCCAAACGCUCCCACUGAAAGCGAGCAUGCUGCGCGCGCAGUCACGAAGUUACGUUACAUGCAGUUCAGAGAACAACAGUCCUCAUCCGCCGAGCAGGGGUUCAGAAUCGAAGCCGUGAAGUUGCCGGGACAGCCACCUCUUACAGACUUGCAGAAAGUCAAGGAACCCAAGCAGCUAGCUGCGACCAUAGCGCGAUUCCUGGGCGACGAGAAACAUGCUCGGCGAGCCAUCACCGCGCGCCUACGUGAGAUAAGAGACCUCUUCGAGCGCUCUGAGUUCUUCCGCACACAUGAGAUCGUCGGCAGCAGUAUCUUCAUAAUUUACGACGAAGAGCGAGUGGGUGCCUGGUUGAUUGACUUCGCAAAGACAAGACGCGUGCCCGAGGACAUCGUGGUCAACCAUCGCGCCCCGUGGAAACAAGGAAAUCACGAAGAAGGUUUCUUGUUUGGACUCGACAGGCUGAUUAACAUAAUAGAAACCGCCGGGCUAUCUGAAAAAGACAGCGAGCCCGAGGUGACACGUUGAACGUGGUGCGAGGGAACCUUGGACUCGCUCCGCGGUCGCUGACCGCUCGGCCCCUGCGCCCACCGCUCUUCCUGCGUCAGAGUAACGCUCGGAGAUGUACAGAAUAUACUGUUUGUGUUUGUGCAUAUGAAAGAUAAUGCGAUUGUUUCGCUUUAUAAAACUGAUCUAGUCCUUAAUAAUUUAAAUAAAGUAUCAUUUUCGUAA